AUGCUCUACUGGAUUUGCACGCAACUUGUCACCAACCAAUCCGUCUCUAACCAGCAACGGCACCUAACCAAUAUUUCACCCGUCCAAAUCGAGACUGAGAGACUUGCAGCGUUUUUUCUCGGAGUUUUAUUAACGCAAGGACCAAACGGGAAGCGGAUAUUUCGCCGAGAGAGCGAGAUGAAGAAUACUGAGAUGUUUUCGGCCAUUACGAAACAGAAAAUAUGCGAUUUCCCGAGUCUCAGCCUUUGUGGACGUCGUUCCAUGGUUCUAAAGUGGUGUCUAGGUUCUGAUCAUGGGUCCGGCAAUGAUGAUCUACAACUACAACUACAGUACAGUACGCAGUAA